AUGCUUCCAACGGAGUAUUUAUCGGAAGAUAUUUUAGAAGAAAUCUAUAUUAAAACUUUCGCUCCUUUUCAUUACGUUCAAUUCAUUUUCGGUACCUCUCGGGUAGAUAUAAGACAUAACUUCGCCACGGUACCUAGUGUAUUGCAAAGAAUCUCUAGCAUCGUAUGGGCAAUCGUAGUGUUCGUGUUAUUACAAUUUUUUCGGAUUCAUCAUCUUGCAAUAUUUAAUGAAUUCUAUGGAAUAUACGUAUUGUAUACUGUGACUGUAACUUUCUAUUACAUAUUGUUUAUAAUAAAUUUGAUCCAUGUAAGAUUCAUAAAUUCUAAAGCAAGUCAAAUAUUUUUCGUAAGACUCCAAAAACUAGACCGUUUUAUGAAUAUCCAUAAAAAUAAGAAAAUCAAUAGUUUUUUGUAUGAAAGUAACGUGCUUACUGUCAUGUUUACAUGUAUUGUGUUUAUAGCGAUGUUGUGUUCAUCGACAUACUAUAAAAAGGAUAGUUUCGAAUACGGACAUCUAGGACUUACUUACAUGACUUCGAUAUUCUUAUUGGAAUGGUUGUAUUGUGCGAACAUACUUAUAUAUUUUUUUCUGCGAGUGCGUUUUAUUAACUCGAUCAUGGCAAAUUAUUUGAAGUUAAAUGAAAAUACGAAAACAACAAUGCUAAAAGCUAUACAUUUCCCAACAAAGGAUUUAAUGGCUCAUUUGGCUUCGUUGACACAUGAAUUUGAGGCCGAUACAGUUGAUGUUUACGUUAAGAUGCUUUUUGACGCUUUCACACUUUUUCAGGAAAACUAUAAAUUCCAAGUUAGUUAUAUAUUAUUAAACAUUUUACUAAAUCUCAGAAUAUUAAUAUUUUUCUGUCAAUUUAUUGGGAUGUCCUUAUUUUACUUUCAAUUCACAAUACUUGCGUUACAAAACAAUACAUUGGCGUGGGAUGAACUUAUUUCACAAUCGACUAUAAUUGUAUUAGAACUUAAUGUUCUAAUUAUAAUGUGUUUCCGAUAUGAAAUAUUAAACACAGAGUUGAAGGAAAUGAAGCGCUUGUGUGUCAAGAUUUUAUCUAACAAUUUAGAAGGAUUGGCUAGGAAAAAGGCAAAACAUAUUUUAAAAAUAUUAGAGGAAAGUCCUCUUGUAUUCUCUGUCUACGACAUGUGGCACAUGAAUGCUGGCACUUUGAUAAAUAUGAUCAACAUCGUUACUUCAAUGGCAGUGGCUAUAUUGCAAUUUGCUCUUCUUUAAGACAAAAUUGUUUUAUCUUCACCU